ACACACACACACACACACACACAAAAAAAAAAAAUGGGUCCUAGGGUUAGACAGACUCAUAUUGGACACAACGCACUAAACCCUGCCAUUCAGACCUGGGGGAGCCAGAGGUGUGUGUAGAGUACAGGUGUGUGUAACGUUCAGUACACCAGUCUGACAGAGAGGUACAUCCACCAGUGAGUGGAUCAGGACUAAGGAUCGUAGAGAGAGAGAUACCUGGACCUAGACGAUCAUCAUCAUGGCCAUAACCAGCAUUAUCCGCUCCUGGAUCUCUGGGCUAAUAAUCUGCCUGUUUAUCGCUGCUGUUUCUGCUAGCAGUACCCCAAAGGCAUCUAUAGAAACCUCUGAAACUACAGAACAACUUUCAACUACAAAAAUCCCUGCAACUGCUACAGUCAAUACAGGUACCACUGAUGCUGGACUUACAGCCGAAACAGGUACGACUGAUGCUGGACCUACAGUCGAAACAGGUACCACUGACACCGGCUCUACAGCCGAAACGGGUACCACUGACGCCAAACCUACAGCCGAAACUGAUGCCGGACUUACAGCCGAAACAGUUACCACUGAAGCCGGACCUACAGCCGAAACAGGUACCACUGAUUCCGGACCUACAGCCGAAACAGGUACCACUGACACUGGACCUACAGCCGAAACAGGUACCACUGACACUGGACCUACAGCCGAAACGGGUACCACUGACGCUGGACCUACAGCCGAAACAGGAACCACUGAUGCCGAACUUACAGCCGAAACAGGUACCACUGAUGCCGGACCUACAGCCGAAACAGGUACCACUGAUGGCGGACCUACAGCCGAAACUGGUACCACCACUGAUGCCGGACCAACCACCGAAACAGGUACAACUGAUGCCGGACUAAAACCCGAAACGGGCACCACUGAUGCCGGACCUACAGCCGAAACAGGCACCACUGAUUCCGGACCUACAGCUGAAACAGGUACCACUGACACUGGACCUACAGCCGAAAUGGGUACCACUGACGCUGGACCUACAGCCGAAACAGGUACCACUGAUGCCGGACUAACACCCGAAACAGGUACCACUGAUGGUGGACCUACAGCCGAAACAGGUACCACUGAUGCCGGACCUACAGCCGAAACAGGUACCACUGAUGGCGGACCUACAGCUGAAACUGGUACCACCACUGAUGCCGGACUAACCGCCGAAACAGGUACAACUGAUGCCGGACUAAAACCCGAAACGGGCACCACUGAUGCCGGACCUACAGCCGAAACAGGCACCACUGAUUCCGGACCUACAGCUGAAACAGGUACCACUGACACUGGACCUACAGCCGAAAUGGGUACCACUGACGCUGGACCUACAGCCGAAACAGGUACCACUGAUGCCGGACUAACACCCGAAACAGGUACCACUGAUGGUGGACCUACAGCCGAAAUAGGUACCACUGAUGCCGGACCUACAGCCGAAACAGGUACCACUGAUGCCGGACCUGCACCCGAAACAGGCACCACUGAUGCCGGACCAACAGCCGAAACAGGUACCACUGAUGCCAGACCUACAGCCGAAACAGGUACCACUGAUGCCGGACUAACACCCGAAACAGGUACCACUGAUGGUGGACCUACAGCCGAAAUAGGUACCACUGAUGCCGGACCUACAGCCGAAACAGGUACCACUGAUGCCGGACCUGCACCCGAAACAGGCACCACUGAUGCCGGACCAACAGCCGAAACAGGUACCACUGAUGCCAGACCUACAGCCGAAACAGGUACCACUGAUGCCGGACCUACAGCCGAAACGGGUACCACUGAUGCCGGACUUACACCCGAAACAGGCACCACUGAAGCCGGACCUACAGCCGAAACAGGUACCACUGAUGGCGGACCUGCACCCGAAACAGGUACCACUGAAGCUGGACCUACAGCCGAAACGGGUACCACUGAUGCCGGACCUACCGCCGAAACAGGUACCACUGAUGCCGGACCUACAGCUGAAACAGGUACCACUGAUUCUGGACCUACAGCCGAAACAGGUACCACUGAUUCCGGACCUACAGCCGAAACAGGUACCACUGACGCUGGACCUACAGCCGGACCAGGCACUACUGAUCCUGGAACUACAGCCAAACCAGUUAUUACUGAUGCUGGAACUACAGCCAAACCAGGUAUUACUGAUGCUGGAACUACAGCCAAACCAGGUAUUACUGAUGCUGGAUCUACAGCCAAACCAGGUAUUACUGAUGCUGGAACUACAGCUAAACCAGAUACUACUGAUGCUGGAACUACAGCCAAACCAGAUACUACUGAUGCUGGAACUACAGCCAAACCAGAUACUACUGAUGCUGGAACUACAGCCAAACCAGGUACUACUGAUGCUGGAACUACAGCCAAACCAGGUAUUACUGAUGCUGGAACUACAGCCAAACCAUCUGUGCCAAGUACAACUUCUCCUUCUACUAUUGCCACCACCACUAUGCCACCAAUUCAGUGUGAGAACGGAGGUACACCUGAAGGACAGUCUUGCAUCUGUCCUCCUGACUUCCACGGGGAGACCUGCAGAGGUUUUAAAACUGACAUAGUGCCAGGUACGCUCAAUAGGACAACGGUGGUUAAUAAUAUGGAAACUAAUGUCCCGUACAUAGAAGCAUAUCUUGACAAAACUUCAACUGAAUACACAGACAUGGUCAAGCAUUUCACAACAGAGAUGGAGGAAUACUACAGGAGUAAAGGGAUAUGGAAUUUCACAGUGGAAAAUGUAACUUUGAGUAAGGGGUCAGCUAUACCCAUACGCUUGGGACGUGGUAUAGAGGAGAAAAGGAUGGAAAACCCCUUGUACAACACCAAGGCAGGAUCAUAUCGUUUGAAGGUCAAACACAAUAUCAUUCUGACGGUUCUGAAUGAACCAGGAGCUGAGCAACAGUACAAGGACUUCGUAAAAAAUGUUGAUAUUGCUUUGGAAAAAAUAUCAAUUUGUUCAGCUCUUACCUCAGGAUGUCCUACGUUUUCUGUUGAGUCAGUGGAUAAACUACAAGAAACGCCACUUGAUGAGAAAGCUGUAUGUCAGAAAACAAUCAACCUUGAUUUUGCUAAAUACUUUGAGCCUUACAAUAAAGAUGGGAAGAUUGUCUGUUUGACGGCAUGUGACCCCAGACAUAAUAACUUUAAAAACUGCAACAGCGGUAUCUGUGAAGUAACCAGAGCCGGACUGUCAUGCAACUGUAAAAACACAAACUCAAUCUGGUACCUGGCUGACUGUAACCACCCGAUCCACAAGGCUGGGUUAUACGCCGGAAUCAGUAUAACUGCCGGGGUUGUCCUGGUGAUAUUUGGUGUCCUGAUAGUGUUCCUGGUGUUGAACAAGAAAAAGGAAAAGAGGAAUAAAGACACUAAGCAGGAGAUGGUAAACCAGUGGCUUGAGGAUGACUUUGAAUGGCCCACACCCAACACCAGGUCCACCACAACACCUCACCCAGUGACGUACGAUAACCCAGCAUACACCAACGGGGUGUCAAAUAUCUACCAACACUCAAGCGGUCCUCUUCCAACCUACAACCCCAACCCACAGUUGAACAAAAGAUACCCUCCACCAUACUACCCCUCAGAGCCCCACAACCAAAUGCACAACUUCCCAAGCAACCAGCCUGUAAGGAUCAACAGACCGCAGAUCAGAACAUCUUAUGACUUGUAGCAUCCUCUUACUCGCAAGAAAAAGUGCCUACAGAUGCAGGAUCUUAAUUUGAGUCAGUACAUUCCUAAAGAAAAUAUUGUACUUUUUACUCCAUACAUUUUCACUGACAACCAAAAGUACUCAUUACAUUUUGAAUGCUUAGCAGGACAGGAAAAUAGUCAAAUUCAAGCACUUAUCAGGAGAACACGUGGUCAUCCCUACUGCCUCUGGCCUGGCGGACUCACUAAGCACAAAUGCAUCUUUUGUAAAUAAUCUCUGAGUGUUGGAGCGUGCCCUUGGCUAUCCCUUAAUUCUGAAAAAAAUUAAAUGCUCUGCUUUGCUUAAUAUAAGGAAUUUUAAGUGAUUUAUACUUUUAGUAAUAACAUUUACUUUUGAUACUUAAGUAUAUUUAAAACCAAAUACUUUUAGACUUUUACUCAAGUAGUAUUUUGAUGACAAUUGGGUACUUUUUCCACCACUGUGUGAUAAAUACACAUAGGAUUGCUUGCUUGUCUAUGGCGGCCGAAUGAGCCACAGCUCUCUGUUGUUCAUUAAUCCUCUUGAGUCAAUUUCGUGAAUCGAAUUAGCAUAAUACAAAAUCCCCAUACAAAUCUGUCUGUUUAAGCUUGAGAUAUCUGUUUCUAUGCAUGGGCUGCGUCUCAAUCCAUUGCAUCCGCCGAUAUCGGCCUUCCGGAUGGGCUGCGUCUCAAUCCAUUGCAUCCACGGAUAUUGGCCUUCCGGAUGGGCUGUGUCUCAAUCCAUUGCAUCCGCCGAUAUCGGCCUUCAGGAUGGGCUGUGUCUCAAUCCAUUGCAUCCGCCGAUAUCGGCCUUCAGGAUCUGCUGUGAAAGGUGGCAGAACUACAGUUGUGUUUGUCAGAUCAUGAGACCUCCCGAAAAUCGGGACACUUCAGAACAAACUUCCUAUAAAAAAAGAUUGGGGUGCUAUCUGUUUUUCCAUGUGUGAAUCUAUUAUUCAAUGCAUUUCUUUGAGCUAAUCGCAGUAAUGCCAAAUUCAAUGUUUCAUCAAAUCAUUUUGGGACUCUGGAGGUUUAAAGCUGCUAAGUAUUCUGUUCUGAAAUGACAGGGUGAUCAAAUUAAGAUCCUACAUCUGUAUGAACAAAUUGAAUGUGAAUGUGGUAAAUACACAUAGGAUUGCUUGCUUGUUUAUGGCGGCUGAAUGAGCCAAGCUCUCUGUUGUUCAGUAAAGCUGCUAGAUACUCUGCUCUGAGACAGUGUCUCUGCCUAUGUUGUCCAAGUAUGUAUAGCAUAUGGUCUUCUAGGAGGGCUUUGUCCAUGAGAGGAGAGCCACAGUAUGAGACCACUGGUGGCCAGCUCAGGAUGCCUGAAACAUAUAGGAUUAAAACAGCUAUGGUAUUAAUACUCAUAAUAGAUCAUUUAUUCACUUUGACAGUGGAUCAAAUUUUAUUUUAGUGCACUUUAAGAUUGAAUUCAUCAAUGUGUAUUUGAUUGUUCUAUGUCUAGCAAUAGUUAUGGAGGCUUAUACGUAAUAUAGGUUUUAUUUAUUUUUCUUUGUUUACUUGUUAUUGUAUAUUAGCUCUGUAUUACACUGUAAGCGGUCUGCCAAACAAUUUGUAUCACUGUAAAUACUGUUAUGGAAAUAUGGAAAUUGUAAUCAGAAAUUGAUAAAUAUGAUUUUUGUUAUCAAUAAUUAAAAUUGUUUCUGAAAAUGU